UCAGAGCUUACGACAACUGCUUCUUCUUCCUUCUAUGUCGGCAUUAUCUCGCUCUGCAACUCCACGUUGCCAAAACAAUUCAUUUCCUAUUACCCCAUUUUCAUCACGUUUUUUUUUUUUUUGCCUGCUGAGUCCCUUUCAGCACCACCACCAAGACUACAAUACGAGCACAACUCCUCCUCCUCCUCUCUCUCUCUCUCUCUCUCUCUAUCUCUCUCUCUAUACGGUCUUCCUUCAUCCAUACAUAUAUAUAUAUAUAUAUAUAUAUAUAUACACACGCACAUAGUUCAUCUUCCGCACAUAUAUGCUCAUGAAAUAGCGAUGCAGAGCUCUCUACAAGCAAAUAGACACGCUUGCUUUGUGGUCGAGCAGUGACCCAAGAAUCAAAGGAUUAAUCCAGCAAGUAUAAUCUCCUUCCAUGCACCUUGAUGACACGUUUGUGCUCGAGUUGGAGGAGUUGAUCGAAUAUAUUUGAGCCGAGAACUUCGUCCAUGGAUUGCCUGCGAGACUGGCCAGAGCCGGUUGUCCGGGUGCAGUCGUUGUCCGACAGCGGCGCCACCACCAUCCCUGACCGCUACGUAAAGCCGCAGUCGGAGCGCGCCUCGGUCGAUCCCGGAGACAUGGUCGGGAUACCGGUCGUCGACCUCGCCAUGCUAACGGACGACGUCGCCAACUGCGAGGCCACCGUGACGGCCAUAGCGGACGCCUGCCGCCAGUGGGGCUUCUUCCAAGCGGUCAACCACGGAGUGAGCCCGGGCCUGAUGAGGGGCGCCAGAGAGGUCUGGAGGGGUUUCUUUCAUCUGCCCAUGGACGAGAAGCAGCGCUACGCGAACUCGCCCAAGACUUACGAGGGCUACGGGAGCCGCCUCGGGAUCGAGAGGGGCGCCAUUUUGGACUGGGGCGACUACUUCUUCCUCCACUUCCUCCCCUUGUGCCUAAUGGAUCACGACAAGUGGCCCGCUCUUCCGCCCGCCUUGAGGGAGACGAGUGACGAGUACGGCGCGGCGUUGACGAAGCUGUGCCGGAGGCUACUGAGAGCGCUGUCAAUUGGCCUGGGACUGGACGCCGCCUGCUUGCCGGUGGCAUUCGACGACGAAGGGGUCUGCAUGAGGGUCAACUUCUACCCCAGGUGCCCGCAGCCGGAGCUCACGCUCGGGCUCUCGGCGCACUCCGACCCCGGCGGCAUGACCGUCCUCCUCGUCGACGAUCACGUCACCGGCCUUCAGGUCCGGAAGAACGAUUCCUGGAUCACGGUGCAGCCAGUCCCCGAUGCCUUCAUUGUGAACGUCGGCGAUCAGAUUCAGGUGCUGAGCAACGCGGCAUACAAGAGCGUGGAGCACCGGGUGAUGGUGAAUGCGGCGGCGGAGCGGCUCUCCAUGGCCUUCUUCUACAACCCGAAGAGCGACGUGCCGAUAGGGCCGAUACGGGAGCUCGUCACCUGCGAUCGCCCCGCGUUGUACCGACCCAUGACCUUCGACGAGUACCGCCUCUUCAUCCGGAAGAAGGGCCCCCGUGGCAAGUCGCAGGUCGAUUCCCUCGUGGCAGCAUGACGACCCCUCUCCCUCUCUCUCUCUCUCUCUCUCUCUCUCUCUCUCUUGUGCCUUGUAUGUAUCCAUCAUCUUUCAUUGUAUCUCGAUCGUUCUUUGCUUCCUGAAGCAGAAUGAUGGAGGGCGUUCGACGGCUUGAUAGCCGCCGCAACUCGCUUGUAAACAGAAGAUUGGAAACGCAACCAAAAGAUGACAAGGAGAUUAUUCUACAAAUAUGAUUCCUUA